AAAAUCGAAGAAAAUAGUGUGUAUAAUUAAGGCGGGAGAUUAAUCAAAUUUGUUCGGUGGAUAAACCAUAAACCCCCUUAAAAGAAGAAAAGCCAAGUUAAAGAGCACAGAAAAAGAGAGAGAAAGAAGAAGAGAACACAAUAAAUUGAGAAACGAUACAAUCAGAGACGGUUUUGCACAUUGUCAAUAUGCAAACAGACCUUCCUCUCUCCCUCUGCUGAUCAUUCUUUUCUUCUCCAUACUGUUUUUCCUACAUUAUUUUUAUCGGCGAAUUCAUGGCGGAUCUGUACGGAACUAACCACCGACUUCUGCCCACGAACCGAAGAAAUCACCUUAUUUCUCAACCAACUUAUCCACAAUUCUUCAGCAUCAUCUUCUUCUUGUUUAUUGCCUAAACCGGAGGAUCGCAACCGAUUUGGCCGACGGCUGACCCGUCGCUUCUUGACUCCUCUUCAACGCUUUGUUGUCAAUUUCUCUAACUUUAUGGUUUCUGGGGAUUCUGAUACCAAUGACAGCGAGAAGGGUCUGGAGGCACCGGAGGUGCCAUCAGACAGCGGAGGUCGAAAUAAAACGUCGUCCUCCAAAAGGAGCAGGGCCGCGGAAGUUCAUAAUCUGUCCGAAAAGAGGAGAAGGAGUAGGAUUAAUGAGAAAAUGAAAGCUUUACAAAACCUAAUCCCAAAUUCUAACAAGACUGAUAAAGCUUCAAUGUUGGAUGAGGCGAUAGAGUAUCUAAAGCAGCUUCAGCUUCAAGUACAGAUGUUAACAAUGAGAAAUGGAUUUAGUUUGCACCCAAUGUGGUUACCUGGAGUACUACAGCCAAUGCAACUGCCUCAAACAGGAAUAGUCUUUGAUGACGGCAAUGAUUUGCCGAAUACCAACAGUGUAACAAACAAUUUUUCUGCAAAUGAAGAAACCUCAGUUCAAACUGCCUUCAAUCUUUCCAACCAAUGUACUGUCUCAAAUCAGCCAAUUGCCAUACCUUCAGCAGCAGAUUUUAACUCAUCAGAAACCCCAUUUGGACUUGAACCGUUGAUUCAGGCUCACUACGCGCCCUUCAGUCUCUAAUCUUCCAAGGUAACUUUAGUAUGAGCAACUAAUAAUUUAUGUUCACACUUGGAACUAACAGCAGCCAUAUUGUUGCAAUGUGAAGGAAAUUUGCGGUGAAGGUGUGCCACAAGUGCUUUUAGAUAUGAAUUUCACUGGGAAGAGCUCUUCGUCUGGUGUGUCUUAGGCAAUACCUUUAUCCUCAGAAUUGGAUGUAUGACAAUUGUGAUGACCAUAUGAACAGUAGGUUUUGGUCAAACACCAUAGAACCUACAAAUGAUCUUUUAAACAACUGACAUUUUACACUCUUUAUCAGUUUAUUUAUGUAGCAAGCCACAUUAGGUUGAACUGUUGACAUCCGUUUAACCAUAUAUAAACCUUUUUCAUAAUGUUUUGUUGUUUAUAUUAUAAAGUCAAGAUGUUACUAUAUUUUUGAUGGAUGUUGCUAUUACAGCUUCUGAACUGGAAUCUUGUUUGUUGGAUGUUCAAGAAAAAAGAAAUGGAAAUCCUCCAAUUUUCAUUACAGAUAAUCAUGGAUCACAAGCAUGAGUGUUUCCCUGAUCAUCCUUCCUCAUUGGCUCAUUCAUACUAUUGUUUCUCUUGCAAAAUGCA